AUGUUCCCUUGCAGUUUUGGUCUCUUGCACAUCAUCCUUCAGUACCUUGAGUCUCCCUUUCGUCGAAACAAGGUAGAAGCAAUGGCCGAACCUGGGUGUUGCCAGCAUGACCUCAAGCAAUCAAUCCGGCAAAGAAACGACACAGGAGAGGCUAGGCGCACUACCCAAUGGGAUCCCUGCCCUCCCAGCCAACCCAAUGCACCUUUGCAUCGACAUGUGGCACCCUUGUCUCCCAAACAUGACAUGGAGCCUCAUUACUGGUCAACCAGUGAUACAGAAGAUGAUGAUGACAUGGGAAACUUCUCCUCAUCGGAACUUAAACUGAUUGAGAACGAUGAUCUCCAAUUCCAGGGACUUGAGGCUAAGAGGCAUACAAUUGCAAUGUUCAGGGACUGCAAAGAGAAGAGGGAGUCCAUCGCACCGCUAGAGAAUGGACUUCUUCCUCAGACACGCUUCACACCAUCGCCUGGACAGCAGAUAACGCAUGGGGAAAUAUAUGACGAAUACGACAUCAGUGACGAUGAUCUCGUCGUGAUAUCGCGUCCUAUGUGUCGCCCCAAAGAUAAUCUUCAUCUUGCCUGCCCUUUCUAUCUCUAUGAUCCUGAGAAGUGUCUCCAAUGUCUGCUCACGAGCGACCUACAAAGCAUUCCGGAUGUGAUUGAACAUCUAUUCCAAUCUCAUUCUCGGCCAUGCUACUGUAUAAACUGCUAUGAAACCUUCGACACGCAGAUCUGUCGCGACGAUCAUGUUUUGAACGAGAAAUGCCCACGGCGUACUCCUGGUCCAUUGUUUGGAUUAAGUGAGAGCCAGAAAUCGAUGCUACUCGAGACAGACACGCAUCGCACCAGUGAAAAAGCAAAGUGGCUUUUUAUUUGGUCUAUCGUGUUUCCAGAUUCUUGCGAGCCUUGCUCCCCGUAUCUGUGCCAGGGAGCCGGAUAA